CACGCCAUGCAUGCAUGCAUCGUGAUGGCUGAGACUGCCACAGCUCUGCCAUGUCCUCCUCCUUUGAAUUAAAGGAAAAAUUUGUUGAUGUAUUCUUUGAGUGAUGCAAUGGAAGAUACUGAGGGUUGCCGAACGGCCAAUAUCGCAUUUUGGAUAGUCAAUGGCAAACAAUUGCAACAGUGAUGUAGAAGUUUCGAUCAGAUUCAAGACGACGUUGAUGUUGACAUGUUGAGGUCCAAGCGGCUCAAAAUGAACUUCACGUGACCAAGACGCCAAGGCUCACGACUUCGGCUGCUCGAGUUGCUUCGAUAAGAUGGAAGCGAUUAUGGACUAAAGAUAGGUAUCGUCUUUCAGUUUAAACAUCUUUGGUUCUCUAUUCGAACCUUCGAAAGACAGAUCCAAUUUCAUCACAGCCUCUUCGAUAAAACCAAACAGCCCGUAACACCCGAGCCGAGCCGUUAAAUGGGAAAAGUAUCAACGAUGGCAGCUCCGCCGAACCCCUCCUCAAGCAACUCCUCCAUUCUGCACGCAACAUACACUUCCCCAAACAAAACGCACACCUUUGCUCAUACCCUUUCAACACCCUUACCUCGGAGUUCGGACAGCUCUGAAACACCCGCAAAGACAGCUUAUCUCUCUGAGCUACGCGGGGCCGUGAGCUCACUGCAGACCGAGGUCAACGAGUUCUUAACCACCCGUAUGGACGAAGACAACAGUAAUAAUCGACAGGCAUCUGGUGGUGGUUCGGACAAGGCGAAGAAUGAAAGAGAGCGGAGAGAGGAGGAGAAUUACGGAGAGGAAGUUUUGGACGAUGCGGAUUGAUUUCUUGAGGAAAAGACAGCCUACCCGUUUUCCAUCGCGUUACUUGGCAACCUCGCUCUAUGGUCGGUGGAGGAUCUGCUUUGCUUUGAGCGAUCUACCUUCAGUUCCCCCGGCCGUGAGUUUAAUUCCUAUGGAUAUUGAGUAUAUAUUGCUCAUGGCUCAUGGAUGCAUUUGCCAUUGACAAAAUGCCGGCAACUACACUACCUUUCCUAAACUGAACAACAAAAUAAAGAACAAAGCCGCGGAUUAUGGGUGAAUGGGUAUCUAAAACAAGUGCUUGGAAUGCUCAUGGAAGGGAGAGUGGGCCAGAGAAAUACCCGUGCAUAAAUUGUUAAAUGAGAAGUGGAAAGGAUAGCAAAUGGGAAGAGCCGGGCAGACCAAGAAGAGCAAAAUACGUAUGAACAAUGUAUCCGCUUAGAUUUAUGUGUCUAAAAUGGAAAAGGGGUGUCACAGAAAAAGUCGAUUUUUAUGCGCCCACGUAGGGAGUAGGAGCGGCGUUCCAUUUACCAGCACACCCAAGAUGGACAACGGUAUUGCUAUUCGAAUAAUAUGGGUUAGCCAGGGAUACCUUCGAAAGAAAACACUGCCCAACGGACUGUAGGGAGGGCCCGGAAACUGAAGAAUGAACAUACUUUGGGAAAACACUAAUAACACUUCCGCCCAACCGUUUGUGGCAUACACCACACACCCUUUCCUCGCUAAUAGUCACGAACCGAUUCCGGCCCUUAUUGUUCCCCUUCAUGAUUUCUUCACCGAGCUGCAAGUCGGCCUGGACAGCUAUAUUCUGCACCUUGCGUAACGCAGCGACAAUCCGGGCUUCAUUCCCGACUGAAUUGGCCGCCCUCAUGCGUCCGCGAAAGUAGAAUUCUAGCUCGUGCACGGGGAAUGUUUCAGGUAUUAGAUCAAGGGUGGACCCGGCGGGGAGACGAGAACCGUGUCUGGCAAGGAUUUCAAUAGCGGGACCGUAUUGGGGUUUGUAAUUAUGUGGUGGGGAGAGGUAAAGGGACAGGAGAGUGUGAUAAAUGGAUGGAUGGCCAUCUUCGUUGUCUGUGGGUGAGACGCGCUUUGUCGUAGUAUCUAUUGUCCGAGGUUCUUCAAGCCGGUGAAUAUAGUUACAAUAUCUAUUCAUAGGGUUAACCAUAGGGUAUAGGAUGUCUUCCAAGGGAAAGGAUUAACAAUGGUAUACCACACUUACUCUUCAGCUUUAUCUGGACUCUCUAGUUUGAACACAUAAAUCUCCAGUGCUUGUCUGUGUUGGCCCAUCUUGCUAAAAAGAAUCGCUCGAGGCUCGAAAAAUUCAGGAUCUAUAUCAUUCCAGCGCUUAGUUAGCUGGUGGUGUUUAAAGGGCAAGACAGAUGUGAAGUAAAUAGAAGUUCACCUUCUCUAGGUAGUCGAUCUAGCAUCCUAGCCGGAGAGUACUGCUCACUGUCCUUUAACAUAUGCAAGAACUUCUCCCUACAAUCCCUCCACUCUUCUUCGUUUUCAAACUCUUGUUGUGCGCUAAUUUCUUCCUCUUUCCACCGUUUGAGCCUAUCCAAAUAUAAUGAGAGCAACCGCUGAUGCAAGUCUGGUGACAUUUCAUUCAACUCGCCAAUGACAUGCUCUAGAUAUC